AUGUUCCUUACAUUUGCAUUUAUUAUUUGCCUCCUGGUUGUACCUGCCCAGUUAGAUUGCGGCUGUAACAAGUUAGACAGACAAGAUACUGCAGAGAAAACCGGUAAAGAUUUCCUUGACGUCGUUAAGGUAGAUAAUGACGUUGUAUCAAGUGAAGAUUCCAAAGUAUGCCAACAAAAGGCAAGGACGAAUAAUCAACACUAUAGAGAUUAUUAUCCGGAACCAAAUUAUGAAGAUAUGGCUCUAAUACCGGGUGGAAAAUAUUUAAUUGGUACCGAUGAACCACACUUCCUCCAGGAUCAUGAAUCGCCCGAGAAAUUAGUGGAAAUCAAAGAUUUCUAUUUGGAUAAAUAUGAAGUGUCAAAUCAAAAGUUCCGAGAGUUUGUCAAGGCAACAAAAUAUGUUACGGAAGCGGAGAAAUUUGGCGAUAGUUUUAUUUUCAAGAGUUUAUUAAGUGCCGAUGAACAAAUCGAAUGGGAAGACUAUCGUGUUGCUACGGCACAGUGGUGGUAUAAAGUGAAAGGUAUUACAUGGCGACAUCCUAUGGGAAGGGGUACCAAUCUAAACGGUCUGGAAAAUCAUCCUGUUACACACGUUUCCUGGAAUGAUGCUGUGGCCUAUUGUAAAUGGGCUGGUAAAAGAUUACCUACUGAGGCCGAAUGGGAAGUUGCUUGCCGAGGUGGUAAAAAGAAAAAACUAUUCCCAUGGGGAAAUAAGUUGAUGCCUAAAGGGGAACAUUGGUUAAAUAUUUGGCAAGGUGAAUUCCCGGAUGGAAAUACCAAAGAAGAUGGCUACGAAACCACCUGUCCAGUUGAUAAAUUCCCACAAAAUGUCUAUGGGCUGUGUAAUAUUGUCGGUAAUGUAUGGGAAUGGACACAAGAUUUAUGGACGCCGGGUGAUACUAGUGCAAAUCCAAAUCGUGUGAAAAAGGGCGGAUCCUAUCUAUGUCACAAAUCCUAUUGU